CCCCUUUGGAAGGGCCUAAUUUAACAGCUGUGUGCAUGCGCAGUAAUUGGAGCACGGGAAGCAUAUUCAGUAACAACAUGGAAGAGUUUCAGACUGGCGAGGAGACUACCUUUGUUGUUGACGAAAUUAGCACCAUCAUCAAAGAGUCAGUUGAAGGUGCUAUUGGAGGAAAUGCUUACCAGCAUAGCAGAGUAAACCAGUGGUCAUCAAAUGUUGUGGAGCAGUGUCUAAGUCAACUGACAAAACUGGGCAAACCUUUUAAAUACAUUGUGACUUGUAUUAUCAUGCAGAAGAAUGGUGCAGGGCUUCAAACUGCUAGUUCCUGCUUCUGGGACAAUUCCACUGAUGGAAGCUGCACUGUGAGAUGGGAGAAUAAAUCUAUGUACUGUAUUGUCAGUGUAUUUGGACUAGCUUUAUAAAAUACAAGUCUUGUUUGGUAAUUUUCAUGCAAAUACCAGUGGUUAUGUUCAUUUAAAAUACAUUUUUGUCUGUAGGCUAUGUUCAGUGUGUGUAGGUGUUAUUUGUGGAUUUUAACUGUUACCAUAAUUCAACAUAAAUUUUCUAAGGUGUUAAACCUGUAACAUUCUGCACUUUGAAUUGUUUUGUGUUUUUCUAACCCACGUUGUGUCGAAUUUUAAAUAAAUUAUUACACAUUUCUAAA